AUGCGUGAUAUGCAAUUAUCUUCUAGUACAUAUUGCGAUUGGUCGUCGUUUAUUCGCGAAGUGUUGGAAUAUUGGGCACUCAAAAACUCAGCCGCAAAGAUCGGUGGGCGGAAUAAGGUUGUUGAAAUUGAUAAGGCCAAGUUUGGACGACGAAAAUACCAUAAAGGGCGCAUCAUUGAUGGCCAAUGGUUAUUUGGCGGAUUUGAAAGGGAAAGUAAAACUUUUUUUAUAGAAGCUGUUCCCAACCGUACAAAAGAAACUUUGCUCGCGAUCAUCAAGCGGAAAAUCCGGCCUAAUACGACGAUCAUGUCCGACUGUUGGAAGGCAUACGAUUGUCUGAGUGAUGAAGGCUUCAAACACCUUAGGGUCAAUCACAAACAUAAUUUCGUCGAUCCAGACACUGGCGCUUACACCCAGAAUAUUGAGCGUACAUGGCGAACCGCAAGAGCUCAUAUUCCUAAUUAUGGACGUCGUGAAAAAAAUAUGUCGGGUUACAUAGCGGAAUUGUUCUUCCGAUCAAAAAUUAUUGAUCACCGUGAUCGGCUUCAUGAAUUUUUUAUUACAUUACGUGAAUUUCAUGAUGAGCUUAUAAGUGAAUAA